CACAGAAGAGACGAUUGAGAAAUAAACUGAAGAGCUUGCAGCCAAAAUUUGAAUUUCCAUUUACAAAUAUUGAGAACAUUGACUAUUAUUCUGAAUUUGUGGGUUAUUCAAAUAAUAUUUUACAAUCUCAUGUUAGAAAUAUCCCAGCCUUGUUUAAGCUUUGUCUUGAUGCCUUGACAGUCAGGAAAUCGAAAGUAUCUAAGUCUUGCAGUGUGUCCCCUGCAGUGAAGAAUGUGUUGUCUUAUGUGCAGGAGGAUCAGGAACUUAUGAAUAUCCAGCUGUCGUGGAUGCACCAACUCUUAUAUUACUUUGAGCAUACUGAUGGGGAGUUGGAAAGUUUUAUUUUAGAAAUUGAUCCUGAUGUGGCUUCCGGAACAUCUGGAAUGACCAUCUAACCUCUGGACCUUUUCUUGGAAACCCAGAUUCAACAAUACUGUUAUAUACAAAUCAGAGCAGUCAACUUAGGUGGAAGAUGGAAUUCUGUAACAUGUCUGCCGUAACAUCAGGUACCCCAAGAUUUACAGGCACUUGUUUGACAGAGCUCUUCCCUAUGUGUUCUGGGCUCGAGGGAACAUCAGUUUUGCAGCAGAAUGUUUUUUGAGGUUUGCACAGACCAAGGAGGAAGGACCAUACAAAGCCAUGAUCUUGAAUGAGGCUGCCAGACUGUAUGCACAGAAUGACGAGUCAUCUAAAGCGUACCGUCUUUACAUGGAGUCACCAGGGGCAACGAAUGAAGACAGCAGCACCCACAGCAGUGAUCUGAUACUGCAGAAGCACAUGCUGAUGGCCAGUGUCUAUGACCAGGGCAUGAUGGCGCAGCAGAAGGCUGUCUUGGCAGCUGAGACGUGGAACACUGCCAUGACCCACCUGGAUGCCUCCAGUCCAGGGAUCUCUGUCACCCGAGCUGUGGAAUCAUUCUUGUGUUUCCACUGUGGAACUGCUGCAGAGAGUGUUCAGGAUCGUCUGGAUGACUGUUUGAAGCUGACAGAGAGGCUAGUGAGGUACUGUGACGACUUACUGCUCCAUCUGUCCUUGUUGAAGGCUCUGCUUGGAGAUGGUAAAGGAUCCACCCAGGUGUACAAGACGUUGAGUUUCAGUUUAUCAUCAAGAAAAGAAGUUCAUAAUCCUUGGCAACCAGUUCUUGACCAUGUUCAGAAUCAUGGUAUACCUAAUUUCUUGAAGGUCAUAUGGAGAACACAGCUUGGCCAUCUUUGCAUAGUCAGUGGCCUGAAUUCCUUUGAGGGGGAUCACCUGUCCAGCGCAGACCUCAACCUUAGACUGACAGAUGCUGGCUUCCUGACAGCAGAUCUCCAGAUGGUGCUGCCCCCUAUCAGGGCCCUCAACCUGGAUCCAUACACAGGAUUCAACUUUCACACUCCAAGGCAGACACAUGCAUGGUAUUCAAUCUCUGAAGUAUCUCAUGAAGGCUUAUUGUAUUUGAGAGGUCUUAACCUGGUUCCAACAUUGAGUGAACUGUACUGUGAUGAGAUGGGGAACACUGUACACUUCUUGGCUCCCUAUGCAUAUGAAACAAGUGCCCUUAAAGCUUGGGAAACAGAGAUUAAGCCAGUCACAUUAUUGUGGACCGGGGCAAAUGGACAGAGGGCCAGAGUCAACCUCUCAAAACUAGUCCGAAAAUUUCUGAAGCAGAAAGCUAUAUUUGAAAUAUUCUCCAACCCUGACAGACCUAAGAAGUGGAAGGAAGAUAUGAUGGUUACAGCUGAGUACUGCUACGCCAGGGGCUAUAACCCAGGCUUCUCUACUGUGACCUUUGUGUAUGACUACCUGUGGGACAAAGGUUGCAGCAUCAUCUCAGUAUAGAGACAUGUAUGGGAAGCUGUCAAGCCUGAGUUGAGAAAGACUGCAAAGUCCCAAAGAGACUGCCAGGGUCCCCAUAGGUUCCUGGCCAUACUAAUAGAAUACUUCCCUUACAAGAGAGACGCUCUUUAUCUGAGUUUUCUAUGUUUCCAGGCUGAACAAUUGUGUUAUGGUCUUUGUAGACUGCACCAACGAGGCCACCUUCCUUGAGCCUGACAUAACUAUGGACUUAUCUCACCAGCCAUGGUCAUUUGCAGUGGAUGAUCUAUCAAUGUCAAGCAUACAGGUCCCGAAGGCUGUCAAGAAAUAUCAUCAAUUUCCUCAAGAUGAGAUCAUGUGGCGCGUCGGGAGGAGGAGCCAAAAUAGUG